CUAUCACUCGAACGCUAUGGCUGCGUUUUGUGACUGAUGCUAAAUAUUUCAUAUUCAAUUUUGUCAUCUGUUAGGCUACUUGUCGAGUCCACAUUAUUUCCUAUCAUCUGUUUUAGCUUUCAGAGUAGCUGGAUGGCAACUGAUGCUGCACCUUCUGAAAACAGACCCUCCAGGUGCGUCAGAAUGGAACGGUCGCAGCUCUAAAGAUGUCGCGCACGAUACAAAAAAGUGUUUCAAGAAGAACAUGAUGAUGGCAACUAACCCAGGACCAAGAUGACAGUGGACAUCAAAAUACAACUUCUCAGGCAUUUUGCCGCCUAGCAGACACGGAAGCGAAAAUCACUGGGCUGACAUAGAACCCAGCCUUCAUCCGAGAGCCACGACCGGCGGAUUCAAGUCGAACGUAAAUGCAGGUUGCCGUAAAACGGGUCCACGCAAAGGACCAGUGCUAAGCGCAGGCUAGAGGAGAGGAGGGGGAAGCGAGACAUGUUGCUACAGAAAACUAGCAUCUUCAUCGGAGAGCCAUGGAGAACGCGGCCCCAUCAAAUCACGGUUUAAUCUCCUCCAACAUAUUACUUGAAUGUGAAUUACAGAUAAUCGCGGUGGUAAACCAGCAGCACUACCUACGACCCAACAUUUAAGAGGUGAAAAACGCAAAUUAGACCCCAAGUCAAUGAAUGUUGCGGCAGAGAAUCCCCCACGGUGGUGUCGGCCGGUGAAGAAGCGCGUUCCCAAAAUAUGACCUGGGGUGCUUGGACGUGUCUGCAGCAAGAAGACGGCUUCAAAAUCUGGCUAGAACCCCGCGAGAACGAAAAGCCAUUCGCCGACUCAGAGAGGGCCCAGAGAUGGCGACUGUCCUUGGCUUCACUCUUGUUUCUAACCAUUCUGCUCUCUGAUCACUUAUGGUUCUGCGCCGAGGCGAAAUUGACAAGGACCCGUGAUAAGUUUGCAUUGACGGACAUGGGAGUUUACCCGUCUGCAAACCCCAUCCCAUCAUCCAGCCUCCAUUUAGCACACAGCAGCCUCAGAGAAAACGAAUAUGCUAUUUUUAUAGGGAAUUCUACCAAACCUUUGUGGCGACUUGAAACUUGCCACCACGAUAGUUUAUCUAAAAACUGCUUUACUUUUGAUGACGCCGAUCAUUUGUGCAAGGACCUUUCGGAAAAAGAACGGACCCGGACAGUAAAUAUAAGUGAUUUGUACCUUUCAUUUUGUAAUUCUUAUUCUCUUUUGGAUUUGUUUUACGGGUCUACGAGUCCGGACAAUUUGAACUGCAGUUUUGACGUGCUUAUUGAUGGCGAUGUGGCGAGGUGCAGCCUGUGCGUCCAGGCGUACCAGCGCUACGACCAACACGCCCUGGAGAAAUAUGAGGAAUUUGAGCUUAUGACUCAGAAAUAUGAAACGGAUGCAUAUUCAGUGAGAACAUGCAUGGAUGAAUGCAAGGCUGCCUACAAACCGUGGCUGUGUGCACAGUAUUUCCCCACCACACAGAGGCAUUGUAGAAGGACAGUACCUUGUCUCCAGUACUGCCUUGAGGUUCAGCAGAGGUGUCCCUUCAUACUACCGGACAACGACGAUCUCAUCCACGGAGGAAGCCCCAGCUUCAUAUGUACAGGGCUACUCGGGAGCCAUGGGCAGCCCAACAGCCAGGCAGAGUGUUGCGACGUUCGGUGGGACUCUAAACCGGACAACCGUUCUCGUGGGACGCUGAAAAGGACUCCAACUCCCUCCUGCCAUCACCAACAGGGGGCAUCGACAUCAGUCACCUCGGCCGCCACACCCACCAGACAGUGCAGCAGUAGCGGCCGGCUGAAGCUGUGCAUGCUGGUCUUUGUUCUUCUGCACACCGUAGUCACCAUUACCACCGCAUCCCACAAUUCCUCUGGGGUCGUCGGUGUGGCAGCCAUUUUCCCCCUGGAGGAAAGCUCCUCCAGUGAGGAAUAAUGGAAAAAAUUUGCAAAAAAACCUCAAUGUUUUAUUUGGGAAUGAGUGAGUUGCAAAACCGGUUCUGACCAGUUCUGGCUCUCUGUUCAGAAAGAACCCUGGAAGGUCCCUGGUAUAUGCUGUCGAAGCCUCUUUGGGCCACAGGAAGUGAGAGCAAUUUACCGGGAGCAAAGGAUGCUGGGCAUUGUAGUCAUGUGGUGAGGCGACGACGUGGGUGGGGCCAACACAUCUCAGACCAAAAUAUCAAUAUCAUAUCACCGUGUCAAUCUAAACCUGAGUUCACCUUUUCAGUCUCUUGUUUCUUCAGGAUGUACUAUAUUGUUUUUUCUCCUCCUGGUUCAGUUGUUUGUGGAGUUUGUUGGAAUGUGAGUGGGUUGUCUUAGAACACAUAAGAGGCAGAGAAUAUUGAAAAAGGUAUCACCAACCUGUGUGUUUUUAUCCACCCCUCUCUUAACCAGUAACAUUUAGCUGCUCCUGGAUAUGCUAACAAUAUUCUUAACUCAAACACUCACAAACAGAAAGAGUAAACACUUAUUGAUCCCCCCUGUCCUGGUGGAUACAUAGAACAUUUCAGUCAUAUCAGGGUUCUCUCAUGGCAUUACAUAUAACUCUAAUACAGAGCCAGUGAAGAGCAGGUGUAGUAUACCUUUCUACACUGUUUUGCCGACCUGAACCGUAUUGUGCUCACUUGGAUUAUUCUCCUUACACGGUUGCAUGUAACCAGGCCAGUGAAGUACAGUACAGCUCAGCUCAUUUUAGUUCGGCUCAGUAGUGUGAAUAGGGUAGCAGUGGAGGUCUUGUCACUUGGAUUCAAAAUAUUCCCACCGAUGGACUUCAGUGUACUUCCGAGUUCAUAUUAUUUGAGCCAAUAAUUUUCUCUCUCAUUAUCCUGUGUCCGUGCGUUUGCAUGUGAUGGGCCCAAAGGGGACGUCAGAUUUACGAAGCUCAAUUUACCUCAAAUUAAGUGACCUCUUGGCUUAGAUUGACUUUUUCUAAAGCAGUACAUCCAAGAACCGUAUGUUUGGCUUUUAUAUUUGACUCAUAUAUUUCUCAAUAUAAGGCUCUGGUACAUCUGGUACAUUACAGCCAGUUCACUUCACACAGUGGGAGAGGUGUAACAAGACCUGGGUUCAAAUAGUAGUUGUUCUCUUUGAAAUAUUUUAGCUGUACUCGAUUGAGCUUGCCUGGCGCAAUGUAACCAAUGGGAUUGUCCCAAAAGUAUAACUGAAAAUCUUUCCCAUCUCCAGACAAGCUCAAUCAAAUGCUCAACACACUUGACAGAAAACUGACACAAUUUUACAUACCCUCUACAAUCAUACCCUCUCCUGUGUGUCUCUAUUUGACCUUAUUGACCUCAUUGUGACCAAGAUAAUCACCUUGUAUCUUUACACAGAGCUAAGGCCUUAGCUAGUAGGCGUUUGUGUGAAGGUAAGGAGUUCUCAAGGGCUGGCUCUACAUACUGCAUUUCCUUCCGUUGGUGUGACUGCUGCUAACCGGUACUCAUUGAUAUGGCACAUUUGGGAGAAAUCUGAUAGGCUCCUUAUGCUUUCACCUUUGACCUUGACAUCCCUGUCUUAUCCUUCCCGUUCAACUGAGUAGCGCAUAUUAUGGCACCUUUGUUUUUUCUACACGUACAUAUAAUCGGUACUGCCGGAAUAACUCUGAAGUCAACCGUACUCGGGCAUGAAGACAUCAAUCGAUUAAGGUGACAUUUCCUCAAGACCCUGAUCUUGGGUCAGUUCUGCAUUUGACCCACUAAUGGUAGGUGUUAGAAUUGGAGGAGGGAAACUGAUCCUAGAUCUUUACCUAGGGAAAACUUCACCCUGAAAGUCUAUGUGUUUUAGCCUUUUCACAUUAUUUUCCCCUUAGGUUCUCGUAACAGUUGAUUUUCUCACAGACACUCAUCGAGGUGAACUGUUCUUUGUAGCAAUCAAUGAACAACAUUACUUUAUUGUUUCCCUCACCUUUACUUUAUUCCCCCAAAAGACAGCAGCGGAUGUACCCCUCUCUGUAGAAAUAAUCUCCCACAAACUCCCCCAAACAUUCAUGAUCUGAACCUUGUGGAUCUAUGCAGAUGUCCUACCCUUGUCUGGCCCCGUACAUACUCAAGUUGCACAACUGAUGUACAACACAUUUGGCACAAUGGUUGUGAUACAACUGAUGUUUUUGUGAUUCAACAGAGAGUUUGUCUGCACAAUGGUUGUGUAAUUAUUUUUCUGGAAAAAAAAUACAAUGUUGAAUGACAUGUUAUGCCAUAUGCAUUGUACUUCAGUUGAACAACUGGAGUGUUUACUGGUGUAAAUAUGUCCUAGAGAAGUGAGAUAUUCAAGAUGUCCACCUCUUGGAGAUUUCUGUUUUUGUAUUUUAGGGGAAGCUUCUUGUGUUUGUUUUUCUUGUUUUUGGUUACAUUUUCUGUUAAUGGUCUCACUUCAAACAAACUACAACUUGUAAAGGCUUUAUAAGCAUCUACAGUUUGUAGUACUUAUGAGUACUUUAUGUAUGCUUUAUAAAGCCUUUUAAUGUUGUACUUCGUUUGAAGUUGGACCUUGUUAAGAACUGUCUACAGCAUUGUAUGUCAGAUCAGUAGGAAAGAGAAGAUUGGGAAAAGGUGUGAUAGGUGUGUGCAAGGAAAAUAAUGAAGAAAAAGAAAAUUGUAAAAAAAAAUUACACAGAUUCCUUAUCUUACUAUUGUCAUAUUAUCAUACGAUAGAUGCUUUAGUGCAAUUAUCUUUUCUUUUUCUACAAAAGAGUUUGAUGAAAUAAUUUAUAAUGCGUCUCGAAAGUCAUCAUCUUUUUUGAACAUAAGAGAAAUGCAGCCACAUUUAUUAACAUUUUGUUCAAAAUAAAUAAAACUAUGUUAAAUAUGA